CAGGGCUCUGCGGGCUGCGGGCUGCAGCCGGGGGUGGCCGCUGGCCGGGCUGUGAGCGGCGGCGUGGAGAAAGCGGCGUGCGGGGCGCCAGGUCAAACGCUUUCCAACUUCAACAUUGAUUUUGUUGUAAACUUACUGAGGCAGGAAAAUGCCAAAGACAUUUGUGUCAUUCAGGUGCCUCCAGAAUUUAAUUACAGUGACUACUUUAUAAUUGUGAGUGGAACUUCUACAAGACAUGUCCAGGCAAUGGCACAAUACUUGGUGAAAAUGUACAAGCAUCUGAAACAUGAUGAUGAUCCUCAUGUCCAGAUUGAAGGGAAAGACACAGAGGACUGGAUGUGCAUUGAUUUUGGUAGCAUAGUGAUCCAUCUCAUGCUUCCAGAGACACGAGAGAUUUAUGAACUGGAAAAGUUAUGGACCCUCCGCUCUUAUGAUGACCAGUUAGCAGAGAUGGCUUCAGCGUCAUUACCAGAUGACUUCAUAUUUGGACUCAAAUCUCAACAAAAGUGAUCAAAAUCUUUCUUUCAGGAAAAGAAUGUCAUAUGUAUAAUGCAGCUAACAGCAUUCACUACUUCAUGAUUUAAAUAAAACUGAAUUAGUUUUUGGUUGCAAACUGAGUUGACUAACUCUUGGAAGGAAGAGGAGGAACUUGGUGCUUUGAAGCAAAGAUAGAAUGACUUGAAGGCAAUACCACACCUGGUUAGGACAGUAAGUGAAUACCAUAUUUAACGGAGCGCUUGUUACCUAACUUCCACAAUGGACAUAAGCAAGUUUAUGAACAGGGCUGUAUGAUCUCAUUGCUUUGGAUGGGUAGGAAACUGAAUUCCAUGACUGAAGAGGUCAUGUUUUACUUAGUGAUUCAGGUUGGUAACAGUAGAGAGUCUAUCACUUUCAUUCUUUUGUAAAGAAAGAUGAACCCUAUUUUCCUCUAUACAAAGAGCUUACUUUAUUUUGAUUAUUAUUUAAAUAACCAGUAGUUCUCUGUUCAUGACUAACACAAGGCAUAACAAAGUUGUAGGUAAGCAGUUAUGAUACUCUUUUAUAGGCAUACUAAUAAAGGUGGCAUUGGCAGGUUUCAUAUAACAAAAAAA